UUAUAAAGCUACUGUUUGGUAGCCCUUAAUGUACGCUGCCAUCCCCUUUCAUGUCACGUUGUUGGCACGGUUCUCCUUAACUUUGUAUUUUUUGCAUAGUUGCUUUUGUUGUGGGAUAUCGAUUUGUUAGUGUUUUCAUGCUAUUUUUAGCAGCUGAAGUGCUUAACGUUUUCUAAGAAAAAGUGCUCGUGCACCGAGAAAUAUAUGCAUGCAAAUGCAUAUAUGUAGGUACAUUUGUGAAUGGUCUACGUUAUGACUAUUUUCUGUGCUUCAACAAUCGAUGUAUCGCAAUGACGGCUAUUGUUCCCUGUUUAUAGCAAGGAUCAAGCCGCUACCACAAGUGACUAUCAAAGCUUUGAAUGUAACUUCCCAUUUGAAUGGAAAUACAGUAGAAUUAGUUGUAAGAAUAUUUGCAUAUUGAUGGACUAAUGUACAUAUUCAAUUUAAGCAUUUUAAUUCAGUUUAAAACAUACUAAAAUAGACCAAAAUGCUUUUAUAUCGGCUUCAGGCAAUAAUUUGGUUAUUUAGUGGAGUCAUUGGUCUUCAUGCAUAUCCAACAAUCAAUUUACCACUUUUAUUCGGUCCUUCCGCAUAUGGUGAAGGCGCUUACAGAUUCAAAAAAAGUGGCUUAGAAAUUCAGUCCGAUGCCGACGUUGUCGAAUUGGAGCAUUUGAAGGACCAUUACGGCAACGAAAAUGCAGAUGCUACUGUGCAAAAUCCAACAUACCCAGAUCGACCCUUCGAGCCCUCUUUCGAAGGCAGAUCUGUAAGUGCAGAACCAAUAAGUGAAUCUCAAGAAUUGGAACGACAGCUGGAGCAAAUGCCAGCUAUUACUACAAAAUUAGAAAAGAGCACGACAACAGAGUUACCACCAGCUCCGGUUGUGCCCGAGAAUCGUGACGAACCGCAGUCACCAGUAGAGGGUAUCGGUAUGCACCGGCCACCCACACUUCAGCAUGACAAUGGUGGCAAAACGUCAACUGACGCUGGUGGUGCUUCAGGUCCCCAACAGGCUGCAGAUAGUGGCACCAUUAUAACUGGUGGUGGCAGUCCACCUGCACCCUCUGCCAUCAAGCCUUUCUAUGGUGCGGCACGUUUGGCAUUUGGUCAAAAUCCGGAAGUGCUUCCAACUACCACAGCUAAAGCAUCUACAUCUACAAAAACAACAAUGUCCGGUAUAUCUACUUCCACUAGUACAACGACAGCAACAACAACAACUACCAGUACCACCACUCAAGCACCCAUCCAAAGCAAUAGCGAUGAAAAACUUAUUACUGCAGGCGAAUCAGAUACACUUCCGCUCGAUGUCGAAACUGUCAACUCAAAUAGGCAAGAAAUUACUGGAACCAUUCCGGCCGAUAAGUUGCCUGAACAAAUCAAAUCAACAGCUCAACGUCGAUCGGUGACCUUAAUGCCACCCCAACAGACUGUUGAGGCUCUGCUAAAGCGUCACAAUGGACAAAUAACACCUUUUGACAUGGCACAGUACGUAUUUUGGACCGGCGAUGAGGCUGGUGUUGCACGUGCCGUUGAAGAGCUAAUCGAUCGGGGAGUGAUGACACGUGAAAAUGCCUUAGCAUUUUUGCGGGAGGUGCGUGUUGGAAUUGAAUACCUACAGCAAUCUUAUACAAAUCGGAUAUUUCCGGAGGCUGGCUUGAAUAUUAACAUCGAUAAGAAAAUGUUCCAACCUCCGCAAACCAAAACUAUAAUACCACCAACCGUUUCGCCAACAAAUGAAAAAAACUUGCUUCCUUACUUACGACUGGAUCGACUAUUGUACUCUAACAAUGAAAAUCCAAUGAAGUCAGUCGAAAAUAUAUCGGUAUGGCAUAAAUUGCAGGCGCUAAGCAAUGAUGGCAAUCAAGAUCUAAAUGAUUAUGAUGAGACCGGUGAAAGAGCUAAAAUAUCACAAUUUCUUUACAAUGAAUACACCUUGGAAGACAUUUUAUAUAAAUUAGCAAAGAUUAUGUUCACACAAUCUUUGUCGCACGGUUCCGACGAAGCCCAGCAUGAGUUGCAGAAACUAACCGACUUUUUGGAGCGUGAAGGAAAUAUUGGUGUUAUACCCAUUGAUUUGCAGAAAAAAGUUUUGCAUAUUUUAUUCCGCGCACUCUCCGAUACUCUAGCGGAACGUCCCGAAUUGUUGUCUGCUGCUAAUGUGAAUCUAGCUAAUCCCUACAAUCGUCUUCCUCUACGCACUUUAGAGCCAUAAAGGCGUUAAAGCAACCAGUGAUUCCAGCAUAGAUGCUAACUUCCAAACAUAUGUAAUUCAUUUGUUCCAACUUAAAACUACAUAAAUACAUAUGUGCUACAAAGUUAUCAAAUGCGAAGGCAACUA